AUGGUCUUGGAAGACCUUCGGGUUUCUGCUUCAUAUAUGAAAUGCCACCGGGCCAAAGGCAAAGCCAUAGAAGACACCAUCGGUAAUGCCGAGGAUUCCUAUCUCCAGUUUGCUUCAUACUUUGAAAGACUGAAAGCCACUAACCCUGUCACAGUCACGGCCAUUGAAACCGAAUUAGAUGACCUAAAGCAGACUCGUUUCCUUUAUGCUUUCCUUUCUUUUGGAGCUUCCAUCCAUGGUUUCCGCCGAGUCCGACCUGUUCUCAUCGUCGAUGGGACACAUCUCUCCGGAAAAUACAAAGGUGUUCUCCUCACAGCUAGUGGCCAAGAAGGCAACUUCCAGGUUUUCCCCUUGGCUUUCGUUGUCGUUGACGGGGAGACCGACGGGGCUUGGCACUGGUUUCUUACUAAAGUGGAAAGGAUAAUUGCUGAUUCUAACGCCCUCACAAUCAUCUCUGACCGUCAUGCCUCCCUUCUCAAAGCCAAGCAGAUCGUAUUUCCCAAGCACACCAUGGGACGUAAAGAUUUCAACGACCACUUCGGUAAACUCAAGCAAGCUAAUGGGGCAUGUGCAAAAUAUCUUGAAGACAUAGGGACUGCAAAGUGGGCGCGGACAUAUUUCCCAGGGAACCGAUACAACCUCCUCACUAGCAACGUAGCCGAGCAGCUCAACAAUGCAUUACGUAAAGCAAGGCCUUCACCAAUUGUUGAGUUGUUCAUGUUCAUCCAAAGGAUGUUGACUCGUUGGUUCUCAGCAAGGAGAACAAAAUCAGCAAAACACAGGGGGUCUGCUACACCAGAGGUAGAAGCUGUUAUGCAGACACACAUCAGGCUUACAAAAGGGAGCAAUAUAUCAAACAUUACUAGCUGGAGCUAUCAAGUGAAGGGGGUUUUCGGGCACACCAACAAUGUUUCUCUUGAUAAUAAAGUUUGCACAUGCCAGUCAUGGAUAGAAACCUACUCUGGUGUCAUCUACCCUGAGGCCCCUCUAGGGGACCAGGAUAUGUGUAGCAUCCCCGUCCCGCUGUCUGAGCUGGAUCAGUCUAAGGACGAGUCAGAUAGACCGAUCAGAUGA